UCGUCGCGGCCUCCAUGCGUGCGGCCGUGCUUUCUUUCGCUCUCUCGCUCUCUCGCUGGAAGGCCAGAGCCCCUAACUGUCUUUAGAGGACUGCGCUUUCAGGCACCGGGAAGCAGAGGCAGGUCUGAAGACCUGAAUCAUGGGUGACAUUAAAAAUUUUCUGUAUGCCUGGUGUGGCAAAAGGAAGAUGACUCCAUCGUAUGAGAUUAGAGCAGUGGGGAAUAAAAACAGGCAGAAGUUCAUGUGUGAGGUGCGGGUAGAAGGAUAUAAUUAUGCUGGCAUGGGCAAUUCCACCAAUAAAAAAGAUGCACAGAGCAAUGCUGCCAGAGACUUCGUUAACUAUUUGGUUCGAAUUAAUGAAGUAAAGAGUGAAGAAGUCCCAGCUGUUGGGAUUGCACCUCCACCUGCCGUUACUGAAACAACUGACACCACAGCAAAUACUAAUAAGGAAGAUGGACAAACAACCAUGGGAGGACCUCUUCCUCCACACCUGGCUCUCAAGGCAGCAGGAGAAAAUAAUUCUGAAACUGAGGAUUCUGACUUCGGUGGUCCCACCUGGGAUCGGGGAGCCAACUUAAAGGAUUACUACUCAAGAAAGGAGGAGCAAGAAGUGCAAGCGACUUUAGAGUCAGAAGAAGUGGAUUUAAAUGCUGGGCUUCAUGGAAACUGGACCUUGGAAAAUGCUAAGGCUCGUCUGAACCAGUAUUUCCAAAAAGAAAAUAUCCAAGGAGAAUAUAAGUACACCCAAGUGGGUCCAGAUCACAACAGGAGCUUUAUCGCAGAAAUGACCAUUUAUAUCAAGCAGCUGGGCAGACGUAUUUUUGCACGUGAACAUGGAUCAAAUAAGAAGUUGGCAGCACAGUCCUGUGCUCUAUCACUUGUUAGACAACUCUACCAUCUUGGAGUGAUUGAAGCUUAUUCUGGACUGACAAAGAAAAAAGAGGGAGAGAGAGUGGAGCCUUACAAAGUUUUCCUCAAUCAAGAUUUAGAGCUUCAACUGCAAAAUGUUGUCCAAGAGCUGAAUCUUGACAUUGUGCCCCCGCCUGUUGAUCCUACUAUGCCAGUCCAGCUCAACAUGGGAAAAUUAGCUCAGUUUGAACCAUCACAGAGGCAAAAUCAAGUAGGUGUGGUUCCAUGGUCACCUCCACAGUCCAACUGGAAUCCUUGGACUAGCAGCAACAUUGAUGAGGGGCCUUUGGCUUUUGCAACUCCAGAACAAAUAAGCACAGAUCUCAAGAAUGAAUUAAUGUACCAGAUGGAACAAGAUCAUAAUUUGCAAGCUGUCUUACAGGAAAGAGAGUUACUGCCUGUGAAGAAAUUUGAAAGUGAAAUCCUGGAAGCAAUUAGUCAAAAUUCAGUAGUUAUUAUCCGGGGGGCUACUGGAUGUGGCAAAACCACACAGGUUCCACAGUUCAUUUUAGAUGACUUUAUUCAGAAUGACCGAGCUGCAGAAUGUAAUAUUGUAGUAACUCAGCCCAGGAGAAUCAGUGCGGUCUCUGUGGCAGAGCGAGUUGCAUAUGAGAGAGGUGAAGAACCUGGAAAAAGCUGUGGUUACAGUGUUCGGUUUGAAUCUAUACUUCCACGUCCUCAUGCAAGCAUAAUGUUUUGUACUGUAGGUGUGCUCCUAAGAAAACUAGAAGCAGGCAUCCGAGGCAUCAGUCAUGUAAUAGUGGAUGAAAUACAUGAAAGAGACAUUAAUACUGAUUUCCUUCUGGUAGUACUGCGUGAUGUAGUUCUGGCUUAUCCUGAAGUUCGGAUUGUUCUUAUGUCUGCUACUAUCGAUACUACCAUGUUUUGUGAAUAUUUCUUCAAUUGUCCCAUCAUUGAAGUUUAUGGGCGGACUUACCCAGUUCAAGAAUAUUUUCUGGAAGACUGCAUUCAGAUGACCCAAUUUAUUCCUCCACCAAAGGAUAAGAAAAAGAAGGACAAAGAAGAUGAUGGUGGUGAGGAUGAUGAUGCAAAUUGCAACCUGAUAUGUGGGGAUGAAUAUGGUCCAGAAACAAAGAUGAGCAUGUCUCAGCUGAAUGAAAAAGAAACUCCAUUUGAGCUGAUUGAAGCUCUACUGAAAUACAUAGAAACUCUUAAUGUACCUGGAGCUGUGUUGGUUUUUUUGCCCGGCUGGAAUUUGAUAUAUACUAUGCAGAAGCAUUUGGAAAUGAACCCACAUUUUGGAAGCCACAGGUAUCAGAUUCUACCUCUACAUUCUCAGAUUCCCCGAGAAGAACAACGGAAAGUAUUUGAUCCAGUACCAGUUGGAGUAACCAAGGUUAUUUUGUCUACAAAUAUUGCUGAAACAAGUAUCACCAUAAAUGAUGUUGUUUAUGUCAUUGACUCUUGCAAGCAGAAAGUGAAACUGUUUACUGCUCAUAACAACAUGACCAACUAUGCUACAGUAUGGGCAUCUAAAACAAACCUCGAACAGAGGAAAGGUAGAGCUGGUCGUGUACGUCCUGGGUUUUGCUUUCAUCUUUGUAGUCGAGCUCGUUUUGAGAGACUUGAAACCCACAUGACACCAGAGAUGUUUCGCACACCAUUGCAUGAAAUUGCUUUGAGCAUAAAGCUACUGCGUCUGGGAGGAAUUGGUCAGUUCCUGGCCAAGGCAAUUGAACCUCCACCUUUGGAUGCAGUGAUUGAAGCAGAGCAUACUCUCAGAGAACUUGAUGCAUUAGAUGCCAAUGAUGAAUUAACCCCUCUGGGACGAAUCCUUGCUAAACUCCCCAUUGAGCCUCGUUUUGGCAAAAUGAUGAUAAUGGGAUGUAUUUUCUAUGUGGGAGAUGCUGUCUGUACCAUUUCUGCUGCUACCUGCUUUCCAGAACCUUUCAUAAAUGAAGGAAAGCGACUGGGCUAUGUCCACAGGAACUUUGCUGGAAACCGAUUUUCUGAUCAUGUGGCUCUUUUAUCAGUGUUCCAAGCCUGGGAUGAUGCUAGAAUGGGUGGUGAGGAAGCAGAGAUACGUUUUUGUGAACACAAAAGACUUAAUAUGGCUACACUAAGAAUGACUUGGGAGGCGAAAGUUCAGCUGAAAGAAAUUCUGAUUAAUUCUGGUUUUCCAGAAGAUUGUUUGUUGACUCAAGUGUUCACCAACACUGGACCAGAUAAUAAUUUGGAUGUUGUAAUCUCUCUCCUGGCCUUUGGUGUAUAUCCCAAUGUAUGCUAUCAUAAGGAAAAGAGAAAGAUUCUUACCACUGAAGGGCGUAAUGCCCUUAUCCACAAGUCAUCAGUUAAUUGUCCUUUCAGCAGCCAAGACAUGAAGUACCCGUCUCCCUUCUUUGUGUUUGGUGAAAAGAUUCGAACCCGAGCCAUCUCUGCUAAAGGCAUGACCUUAGUCACCCCCUUGCAGUUGCUUCUCUUUGCCUCCAAAAAAGUCCAAUCUGAUGGGCAGAUUGUCUUUAUAGAUGACUGGAUCAGACUGCAAAUAUCACAUGAAGCUGCUGCGUGUAUCACUGCCCUCCGUGCAGCCAUGGAAGCUCUGGUUGUUGAAGUAUCCAAACAACCUAAUAUCAUCAGCCAGUUGGACCCUGUAAAUGAACAUAUGCUGAACAUGAUCCGCCAGAUUUCUAGGCCCUCCGCCGCUGGUAUAAACCUUAUGAUUGGUGGUGCACGAUAUGGAGAUGGUCCACGUCCUCCCAAGAUGGCCAGAUAUGAUAAUGGAAGUGGAUAUCGAAGGGGUUCUGGAUAUGGUGGUGGAGGCUAUGGUGGUGGGGGAUAUGGUGGUGGAGGCUAUGGAGGUGGGGGAUAUGGUAGUGGGGGCUAUGGUGGUGGGGGCUUUGGUGGAGGAGGUGGGGGCUUUGGAGGAAGUGGAGGUGGCUUCGGUGGUGGAGGCUUUGGCGGUGGAGGCUUUGGCGGUGGAAGUGGUGGAGGAUUUGGAGGUGGAAGUGGAGGGGGCUUUGGAGGAAACUAUGGAGGUGGUGGAGGCUUUGGAGGAAAUGAUGGUGGCUUUGGAGGGAACGGAGGAGGCUUUGGAGGGAAUGGCGGAGGUUUUGGAGGUGGUGGUGGUUUUGGCGGUAGAAACUAUGGAGGUGGUGGAGGCUAUGGUGGGGGCUCCAACUCUUACCGGGGAGGAUAUGGUGGAGGUGGAGGUGGUUUUAGAGGAGGCUCACAAGGGGGGUAUAGAGGUGGCUUUGGUGGGGACUACAGAGGAUCUGGUGGGGACUACAGAGGAUCUGGAGGAGGAGGCUACAGAGGAUCUGGAGGAUUCCAGCGAGGCGGUGGCCGGGGCAACUAUGGGGGAGGCUACUUCGGACAAGGGAGAGGAGGCGGUGGUUAUUAAACUUCGUUAUGUCAGUGCCUAUGCAUAGUUUUUUUUUAAGCAUGCUAUAUGUUUUCCCCAAGAUGUUUAUUUCCACCAAAUCAGUAAACUCAUUUCCCUUCUAUUCUGUGGUUUAUUGUAGUUUAAGGAAACCAAGCCUAUAGAGUUAGUGAUUUUGUUUAUAUUAUGUAAAAUACAAUGACCUAUUAUACAAGCACCAUGCCAGUUUGUAUUUUUUUUCUUUUAAGGAGUAAAAUUUUGCCUUUUAAAUUAACUUGGUAUUUUCUUGGCUUCAUUUAAUACAGUAAAAAAUAAAGUGUCACAAUAAAUCCCAUCUGUGUAGUUGACCAUUAAUCUCUCACAACAGUGUUUCUACAAUGCUAGUUGUAUUUUUAAUGUCGGGACCAGUUGCGCUAUUUCAAGGAACACAUACCAAGUGACACUAGCCAUUGUAACAGAGAAUGACCAUGAUAUUGAAUUGCAGUUCUUAUAGUCAACCUAAAGCUGAACAUUUUGUCUUCUAAGAUUUGUUUAAAGACCAGGGUCAGGAUGUUCUUUUCUCUAUCAGUUUGUUUUCUAUUAUGUGACAUUUAGAAAGUGCAUCAGUCUGGAGAACUCUGGGUCAAGGGUUAGAGUCUAUUUUAGGCAGUCCAAGGGAAGCAUAAAGUUUAGAAUUUGGGAUCAGGGAGGUAUAUUUCGUAUUUGUCUAGAGUAAAAUAUAUUUCAAAAGAUACUUGAUUGUACAAGUUAGAAUUUCUAGUGAACUUUCACAGUUUCCCAUGUUGAAAGCACAAUGUAGAGCGUGCAUUGACUUUAGAUUAGACAUUCUUGGGCUAACAUCUGUUUUGGUGCUUGGAAUUAAAGGCCUCAAGUUUCUGCUUGGCUUUUUUGCUUUUGUCUGGCAUCCUACCAUUUGAGCCAUACCUCUAGUCUGCUGUUUUUUGUUGUUGUUGUUGUUUUUGGCUAGUUACAGAAGAUGCAGUUGAGUGGACUCUUCUCCCCAGGCUGACUUGCAACUGAAAUCCUCCAGGUCUCAGCCUUUUGAGUAGCUAGGAUUACAAUCAGGAGCCACUGAUACCUGCUUGGAUUUGCUUUCUGUAAGUGGAUGUUUGUGCACAAAAUGUCUUUUGUUUCAGUAGUGGUGUUUAGCAUCUUCAUUCUUCACUGUUGUAGGGGCAGGGAUCAAGUUCCUUAUCCUAGCUUUAGAUUCUUCUGCAACAGGUUGAUAAUUGUAAAUAAAAAAAUCCAUAUCCUCAAACUAAUGCUUCAUUUCUGAAUACCAAACAACUGCCUGCUGGACAUGAAUCUUUGCUAAGAUCCCACAAUCACAAAGUGUUAUUUUUCAAACUU